AUGGCUCGAGAAGCUCCCACUUAUAGCAGGCCUACACGAGAGUAUCUGCUAGCUGUACAUGAGUUUGUGGAUUUGCACCCUCCAACCCCGCAGUAUCCAAGAGAUAGGCCACGAUUGCAGGUUCUCUGCAACGCUCUCGAGGUCAAUGACUGGGAUUACUUGAUCAUACACCAAAUUUAUUGCCUACUUGAAGAUGCUCCGGAACAGCUGCCCCCACAGAUACUGCAACAUCCAGGCGUGGGGAAUGCCCAAGAUCUCCUGAACCAUGUCUUAGACUCGAAUGCGCUGCUGUCCCCCGAGCUUCGCCUGUUUUUCAUCAAUAUGCCGCAUCCUAUGUCAGUGUACACUUCCCUUUGGCCGCUAGUGCUACAGCAGCACUGUGAUGUGUUCAUUCAAUUCGCCGCGCAGGCUACAAAUAUCAACAACUUACAUUCCAUGUGCCGGCAACGCAACUUCCCGCCAUUUGCAGGCGAACUGUUCCAUGACGUCGGUAUCGGCUCUUUCACUCUUCAGAAACUCCUGUUCACAGCCGCUUUUCGACAUAUCAUGAAGCUUGGCCACACCCCAAGAGCACAACAUCUCGAGGAACGCGCUUUGGAUAUUUUUCGUCAAAACUAUAUGGCCUUCGCUAAUAGCGUCAAGGCACGGCCUGGGGAUCCGUACGAACCCGCGGCUCGGGCCCAGGAACAUGGACGUUGGAGCGCUCGAUUUCUCCAGAUGUGCAAGCACCGCGCCGUGCCCAAUCCACCCUCGUCACAACAACAGCAGGGCCAUAUAGGAUCGCAAAGAAACCAGCCCGUUCAGCCACCCACUGUUUUGGUUCCAAAUUAUAAUGCUCUGUAUAACAGCAGGCCGCAAGCUCCAAUAGAUAAUGCACAGCACUUUGGAGCACAAUCCAUCAACGCAGCCCCGCCGUCACAACAAGGUCCUCAUGCCACCGAUCGACCCAGGCUGCCAAUGUCAGUUUCCCACGAUCCCGGACGGGCACUCGAUAUGCGUAAGCCCGGAUCGCCAUUGCUUCCUGCCGCACCAUUCAGACUACCGCAACAGCGACAACCAGUUCCCGCUCGGUUCGCGCUUCAUCAAGCACACCUGAGAAGCCCGACCCUGAAGGCACGACAAGAAGAAACAAUUCUUUAUCAAUACGUGGACGCCUUUGCUGUGAAGCCCACACGCCUAGUAGCACUUGGCGGUAGAAUUGCGGAGUGGAAAGUGUCCAUUUCUGAUGAGCAGAUGAGGUCAAUCCCAACAAAUCUUUUCAACAACAUCGCAGGUGCUCCCUCGGCCAGAGUAAUUAGUCAAGACAGCCAAUUAUUCCGUCUUCGAUGCAUCACGUGGAAUAAAUCACAACCUCCCAGUGAACAUGAAUGGGCUACUGCCCCUACCUCUUGGUGUCCCUCUGCAUACUUUACCUUCAACAAUCAACCUCUGGAGAUGCGGAAGAAGAUACAUUAUGGCAAGAGCUUACCCGUAGACCUCACACCAAUGAUCAAGCCUGGGGAAAAUGUAUUGAAGAUAGGAAUAGUGCGGCCCAGCGGUGAUGAGUCCUAUCAAACUUAUCUCUUGGCAAUAGAAAUCGUCACGACGGCAAGGCAUGAUACAAUCGUAAAUAAAUGCGUGGAAGAGAAUUGUCUUUCUGCGCCGCAGGUUAAAGAGGCCAUUAUUCAAAGAUUAUCUGGGAGCUCCUUGGACGACGAAGAAAUCGCAAUCAUCCAGAACAACCUCACGAUCGGCUUGCUCGACCCGUUCAGCGCGUCCAAAAUGUGCGACAUUCCCGCACGCGGCAGGGCGUGCCUUCACAAUGAGUGUUUCGACCUAGAAACCUUCUUGAAAACGCGAGACAGGCAUGGCGACUGUUCGGUGACCGACAAAUGGAGGUGUCCAAUCUGCACGGCCGACGCACGCCCCCAGCAUCUCGUCGUCGAUGCCUUCCUCCAAUCCGUCUACGCAGAACUCGACAGAGAUGGCUUGAAAGGGGUGCGCGAAAUUGUCGUUAACCAGGAUGGUGAAUGGGUACCUAAAGCGGUUCCUCGAGAGGACAGCGUACAGGACCAUUCGACCGCUGCCGAAGACAGGAACAGUAGCGUUGGACCGGCCCGCACUGAAGCCUCACGCCUGCCUUCGGCCGAUAUAGACAUCAUUGACAUCAUUGACAUCAGCGACUAG